AUGGGGUACAUGCAGGGAAACUGGGCUCCAGUCUCAACACAGUUGGAACAACAUCAAGUAGAGAUUGAUGGAGAACUUCCUGGAGACCUGGUUGGAGGCAUGUUUGUACGAAUGGGAGCAAAUACCAUAUGUUGGCCUCCAACUGGAGUUCAUCACGCAUUUAAUGGCGAGGCAAUGAUCCAUAUGGUCACUAUUAAAGACGGAGAAACCUUAGAAUAUACCAACUCUUUGAUUGACAGUAAACCAGAAGACAGAUUAAGUGCUUUCAGUAAUGAAACCUGCCUUGGCAAUUCAUGUGGAGUUCCAUACUUUGGCUUUGGCGACCUUAAUCGUGGCGGUUUUGCGCUUUUAAGACUGCUUCUGGUAAAAUUGAGAGCCAAAAUUAUGAAUUUAAACACACCAACACAAGAGAGGCUUCAACCUGGCUCCACCUCACUAAUAACUCAUGCCAAUAAAACCUAUACUGCCUCCGAGAUUGUUCUUCCUUUUGAGAUUUCUCUUGAGAAAGACGGAGUGUCCCCCAAAGGUUUCUCAACUUUUGACGGUCUACUGGCGAACCAAACAUUUGGACCUGAAGAGGGAACCAUGUCUGCCCAUCCGAGAACAGAUCCCACAACAGGAGAACUUCUUUUCUUCUCCGCUAACUUUGGUUCUGGAGCAGUGCCAUUUGUCAACUUUGGAAAUCUCGAUGCUGAUGGACUGCCUAAGAAGUAUAUUCAGAUUCCAGUACCCAGUCCUCCAGCAGCCUUUUACCAUGACAUGUUUUUAACCAAAAACUAUGCAGUCUUUUUCCACAGUUCAUUAAAGAAAGACUCAUCAAGGUUGGCAAAGAUGGAGACUCUCACAUAUUUUGAUUCAAACUCAAACUUGGCUUUUGGAGUUCUUCCUAGGAAUGCCACCUCUCAUGAGGAUCUCAUUUGGAUCGAGGCUCCUAACCCAGGUCACAUUUGGCAUACUAUUGGAGCAAGAGAGGAUGGAGAUCAACUAACAUUAUUUGCCCCAAAGUUUGAAAAUUAUUCCAAUGAUGUGCAGAUCCACUUGGACACCGAGGAGAGUAGUUAUCUGACCAAGUUUGUGCUUAACCUCAACACCAAAGAGUGCACUGAGCAAAUAAUCUUUGACGAGGUUGUGGAGCGUCCGACAGUAAAUCCCAAUGUCAUGUCACCCACAUUUGCUUAUUUGAGAUCUGAAGGCAAAGAAUCAUCUGAGAUGGGAAGACAUAUUGUUAAAUUCAACCUGAUUACUGAGGAAGCAGAGGGCGUUAUAGAAUGUGGAGUAAACUGCCAUUUUGGAGAAUCACUUUUUGUUCCACGAGUCAAUUCAUCCUUGGAGGAUGAUGGAUAUCUCAUGGACAUCCCCUACUAUAAAGACACACACAGUUCAAGAUUCCUUGUCUGGGACACUUUGAGACUUGAAACUGGAGUAAUUGCUUCUGCAGAAUUACCACAACGGGUUCCAUACGGGGCACAUGGGAAAUGGCUGGAGAGCUCCUUCUUCCAGUAG